CGUCUCCUCGUUAAUUUGGAGGAGUGAUCGAGGCGGCGCCGGCCCCGGGAUUGUAGCGCCUAGUGAGAAGCGCCUGUCGCCGAGUGCCAUCCGAUCGGACGUUCCCCGGGUAGAGAGAAUCGGUCGAGAUCCGAGCCGGGGCCCCGCCAAGAGCACGCCUUCCAAGAGACAAUAUGACAACCCACAAUAAAUCUUUAUAUUGCGAGAGUUGUAGUCAAUAUCCCUAUGUCGGCAGAGUAUCCGUAGGAGAAGAGGAUAGUGUUGACUUCAUUUAUCAAUUUGUGAAGAAAAGAUUUGUUGCCGUGGACCACAGGAGUCUUAGCAUAUUCCAUACUGCCCCUGACAUAAUUGGACCACCCAAAUUUCAAAAUUACGGACAACCAUUUCAUUUACCAAUCCCCUUUUGUGAUAUGGAAAGGAUAAAGGAUGGUACUGGUGUUUCAAUAUCUCCGUGGCAAAACAAAGAUUUCAUGAGACCCAUUGAUGGGCUCAUACCAAGCGAUGAUGAUAGGACGAGCGAAAAAAGAUAUAUUGAUAUCGAGUUUCAUGAAGCUGUAUAUCCAAUCAGAGUCUGUAUUUACGAAAUAUGUAAUCCUGGAAGCGUAAUUCAAAUUUUGGCUCAAGAUUCCAAUAAUCACUGGAUUCAGUU